AUGCAGCAUCACGUACGUCCAUUCACAUCAAGAUGUCAACUAAAUACAGUAAUAUUGCGAUGUUUUCACGAUCGUUGCGCCGUCCCACGAGUUGUCGAUGAUCCAGAGGAAAAAAUGCAUCCAAUAACAGAUGUCGGAUAUAGAUAUAGGUACCAUCGACCAGGUAUUGAUCCUUUGCCGCGUCUACCGAACUGCAAGGUACCAGUACAUAAGCCUGAUUAUAAAGUACGUGAUUGCUGGUCUACGGCACAAGCAAGGUUUGGUGAGAAUGACUAUAUCGACUUGUUAGGUGAUGGUAGUAUCCACCCAGCUCAGCUACAGUAUCACGUUCCAGCUUGGCUUCGUGGCUUUCCAGGUCAACAUCGGGCCAACGAAUUGGUGAAACUAAUUCAUUUUCGGAAUUUGCAUAAGGAAAAGAUGCAAAUCAAUUCACCUCGACGGUGGUAUGAUCUACAGAAAAGAAUCAAAUAUUUGCUUCAGAAGCAUAAUUACUACAAACAGGAUGAGUUGAGAGAUGAACGAGAUUUGGGAUUAUGGGAGGAGAAACCGGACUAUUUCUACAAGGACAAAUCCAGAAGGAGCUAUCAGGACCUCGUUUAA